CUUUAAUCUUCAACUCCAUUGACCGAAGCGGAAUGAAUAGAAUGGCAACUAGAGACGCAGAUGCAUAGACAUAGGAAUAUAGGGACAGAGCAUAGAGUUGCGGGGGGAUAACCAUUGCGGGACGGUGCGACGGGAUAAACUGUGCCUAAAUCUAAUUGGUUGUGCCGUGUGUAAGUAUUUGAUACGUACAUAGAUAUGUAUGAAGUUAUGUGUGAGUGAAAUUAUGAAAAAAAAGACACAUGCAUAACCUCUGCAAAAUAAUACUGUCAGUGCAUAAGAAAAGAUAAAUACAAAUAAUAGAAUGGUGCAGUGUUAUGUUCCAAAGUGUAAGAACAGGUCCGAUAGCCAAAAUUGGAAAAAAACCAGCAAUGUGGACAAAAAUCGAAAAAUUACAUUUCACAGCAUUCCAAAAAAUAAUACAAGCCGCAAUUUGUGGACUGAUAUCUUAAAUCUUCCACCACAUAUUCCAAAUAGUGCACGUAUUUGCUCUGAUCAUUUUUCAAAGGAAUCUUUCAAUCAAACAAAUGGAUUAUUAAUGCGAUUAAGGCCAGAUACUUUGCCAUUGAAUGAAUGUGAAAAACAUAUAGAAAUGGAAAAAAGAGAGAAUGAUUCCUUUGUUGCAUGCUCACAACCAUCAACAACAGAUAAGGAAACAAUGACAUCGAUACAACCAUGUACAACAGAGAAAGCAACAAUGGUAUCAUUUAAAAGAAUUUAUAAUUCUCCAGAAAAAUGUCGACUGAGGAAGCUAUUAAAAUACCAAAAAGAAAAGUACAUGAAAAAAAUACGAAAUUUGCAGCACAUAGUACGUCGACGUAACAAGCAACUUUCAAUACUGAGAGCAUCCAGUUACAAACGACAACGUGGUAGUGUUCCUUGAUCCGUGCUACAUGCUAAAAUUAAUUCAACAAUUUCGAUCUUGCGAGGAAACAGUACAAUUUCUAUCCAUAUUUAACGACCUCUUUGAUAUUUUAAGUUCAAGAAAUAUGUAUCAACUUGGAUUUAAACAAGCUUUAAAUUUAAAAAAUAUAGAAACAAUGAAAAAAAUUCAAUGAAUGUAAAACGUAUAUUUUAUCGUUAAAAAAUAAAAAUGGCGAAGUAAUCAUUACUUCUCGGCGAAAAACAGGAUUUCUCGGAUUCUUAAUUUGCAUUGAAAGUGUAUUAACAUUAUAUGACGAAUUAUGUGCAAAAAAGAAGUUAUUACAAUAUAUACCAUUGUAUAAUAAGCUAAGUCAGGACCAUAUUGAGUUAUUAUUUGGAUGUUUAAGACAUCAUGGAGGAGGAAAUAAUAAUCCUACUGUUAGGCAGUUUAAAGCUGCCAUAAAAAAAAUCUUAAUUCAUGCAGACAUACGUAAUUCUAAUAGUGGAAAUUGUAUUUCCUUAGAGGAAAUAUCAAUUUUACAUGUAACAUCUGCAAACAAAAUUAGACAGUCUGAAGAGAUUAUUAAUUCCACUUUCAAAUUAGCACGAUUAAGCGAUGAAUCGGAAGAAAAUUAUGAUGUUAUGAAUGAUAAUAAUUCAUUAUUCCACGAUCAUACCUACCUGUCAGAUAUUAGACAAAUUACUGAAUUUUCUAAUAAUGAAAUUGAAUAUAUUGCUGGCUACAUUGUCAGGCAAUUAAGAAGUACUUUGCGUUGCGAAAAUUGUAUUACUGCAUUAUUAAAAAAAACGGAUAAAAAUAAUUUAAUAAAUAGAAAAAAUCGUGGAGGAUUAAUUCAACCUUCCGAUGACGUGUUACUGAUUGCUUGGAAAUGUAAAACUGAAAUUCGUUGUGCUCUUCACGAGAGUAAUAUAUUUAUUAUUAUUAAAAAAGAAAUUUCAUGGCCACUAUUUAACAAAUAAAAUUCUAACAAACUUUAUAGAAACCGAUAUUUUUAAUAAUCUAGAAGAGCACGUUUAUGACGAUUCAGUCAUGGAAAACCAUAUUAUUCAUUUAACUCGAACCAUUGUACAGAAAUAUGUUAAGCUUCGAUUGUAUUAUAUUACUUUAAAUAGUAUCGAUAAAGAAAAAGCAGAGUCAACGAAGUUUCUUUAAUAAAAUUAUUUUAUUUAAAGGACAGUAAAUAUUAAUGUAAGUUUAGUAAUAAGU